GUAGUCCACACAUGUAUUCUAGAGAGAGUUAAAUCACAUCUCUCUUGUAAUGAAAUAUCAACAACUCAGUUGAUUUGAGUGGUCUAUAUAUCAUGCCAAAUAUUCAAUUAUGACAGACAUGCAAAUAAUUAAACUCAUUGGUUCUCUGUUUCUGUUAAAAAAAAAAAAAGAGCAGGAAGCUCUGUUUCAGAAGAGGCCACUCUCCAUGUUGCAGAAUAAGCUUCUCUUUGCAGUUCUCAUUUCCUUUCUUGCACUCCGCUUCCAUGUAUCCCGCUGCGAGAAUAACAAAAGCAUCACUUACAACUGCGACCACCAUUCUUCUUGCGGUGAUAACAUCAAAGUCAGCCACCCUUUUCGAUUAAAAGGAGACCCGCCAGCUUGUGGUGACCGCAACUAUGAACUGUCUUGCGACAACAAUCACACCAUAUUGAGCUUCAACUCUGCAAAAUAUGUCGUCAAGGCGAUCAACUACAAUAACUUCACUAUCAGAGUUGCUGACAUUGGCAUCCAAGAACACAACUGCUCCUCCACUCCUCUUCGUCCUUUGCGACCCACUUACCAUUUAUCUCGCUACUACGACCAAUAUUUUUCAUCUAAUUAUCACUACUUUGCCAAUGUGUCAAACACUGAUCAUAUUGUCUACAUAAGCUGUGAAACUCCAAUGAAGUCUCACUUUUGUGUGGAUGCUGCUCCUUGCAUCAGCAAAACAAGUUCCUCUAACAGGAGAUACCAUUACGUUAUGGUUGGUGAUGUUGAGAUCUUGGACUUGCAUCCCUCCUGUGCAGUCGAUUUGAUUACCACAACAACAUUGCUGCGAGAAAAAAAUAAGAGAAACAUUUCAUACAUGGACAUCCAUAAAGAGCUGGUUUAUGGUUUGGAGCUUUCCUGGGCUAACAUGACUUGUGAACCUUGCCUUGGAACCUUCCUCCCCGGCAUCGGCUACUGUACAUUGCACAACACCACCAUUAUAAUUACCUGCUCCAAUAAAAGCUUGUUUAAAGUCAUCCUCGCAGUGGUGAUGAUCUUCGCAAAAGUGAUAUGGGCGUUUUUAGGGCUUGCAUUAUACCUUGUAGCAAGAGCUUUAUGUGGGAUCACAUGUCUUCUGGCGCUUAUGGUUUAUAAAUGGCGUAGGAGACAUUUAUCAAUGGAUGACUCUCUCGAAGAAUUCCUGAAAAGUCAAAACAAUCUCAUGCCAAUAAGGUACUCUUACUCACAAAUCAGAAAAAUGAGUAAAGGUUUCCAAGACAAACUGGGAGAAGGAGGCUACGGCACUGUAUUCAAAGGAAAACUUAGAAGUGGUCAACUAGUAGCAAUCAAGAUGUUAGGCAAAUCAAACGCUAAUGGACAAGACUUCAUCAAUGAAGUUGCAACUAUUGGUAGGAUUCACCAUGUCAAUGUGGUGCGUCUCAUUGGCUUCUGUGCUGAGGGACCAAAACGCGCUCUUGUAUAUGAAUUCAUGCCCAAAGGCUCCCUUGACAAAUAUAUUAUCUCUCGAGAAGGAGAUAUCUCCUUAAGUUGGACCAAAAUGUACGAGAUUUCUGUUGGCGUGGCUCGUGGAAUUGAAUAUCUUCAUCGAGGAUGUGAUAUCCAAAUCCUACAUUUUGAUAUUAAGCCUCACAAUAUACUUCUUGAUGAGAACUUUGUUCCUAAGAUAUCGGAUUUUGGGCUGGCUAAAUUGUACUCAACGGAUGAUAGCAUUGUGUCUAUCACUGCAGCGAGAGGAACAAUCGGAUACAUAGCGCCAGAAUUGAUCUACAAAAGAAUUGGAGGUGUUUCAAAUAAAGCUGAUGUGUACAGUUUUGGGAUGAUGUUGAUGGAAAUGUUAGGGAAAAGAAAGAAGCUCGAUGUAGAAACAAAUGAUAAUUCAAGUCGGAUGUACUUUCCUUUGUGGGUUUAUCAUGAAAUCGUUGAAGGAAAGGUUACAGAAGUUGGGGAUGCUACUAAUGAGGAGGAGAAUAUUAUUAAGAAGAUGACAAUCGUAGGAUUGUGGUGCAUACAAAUAAGACCUUGCGAUCGUCCAUCAAUGAGGAAGGCAAUCCAAAUGCUUGAAGGACAUAUAGAGAACUUAGCAUUGCCUCCUGAGCCUACUUUUAACAUAGAACAAGUGCCAACAGAGGAAGUUGAAGAAGCUACAAAUCGAACAUUGUCAUCAUUGACAUCAGCCAGCACUUCAGAAUCUGUCAGAUUGGUUAUAGAUGCAGAUUGAGUACAUAUAAUACUAAGGAUUUUCAAGAUUGAGCCAAGUUAUACAGAUAUUGGAACCCUUUAUAAUAACGGAUUUUGUUUUUCAGUGUGAUUGUAGAAACAUUUUCAUUUGCCAGUAUAUAUUACUACAUGGCUGAUCUUUUAGAAAUAGAAUAUCUAUAUCAUUGAAAGAAAGACAAAAGGAUAAGAUGACUAAAAGCCAAACUUUUUAUUACAUUUUUGUCAAAUGAAUACA